AAUAAACAGCUUGAUAAAUAUUCAUCGAGCGUUUCUUUUAUUAAAACUAAAAUAAUAAUGCAUGCAAAUAAAUUAGCUAUUUAACUGUAACUGUUCUAUUUGUUUACAUCUGAAAUAAGAAGUUGUCUGCUAAUUUUAGCCGGCAUUAUAUCUAUUUAAACAGUGCGAAUUAAUGGCCAAAUCAUACUUCUUUUUAAAAAUAUAUUGAAUAUUUUAAGACUGGAUAUUUGAAUUAUUCUACUUAUGAUCGGCAACAUUGUCAUAUUUUAUUAAAAUAUUUAAAUUAAAAGCUUAUCAUUAAAAAUGUUUCGUAUUCUCCCCAAAAGUUCUUGCAUGUUUAAUUUCUUUAAAAUUCAUAAAUAUAGGGCAUCGAUCAAUAUAUUGUUAUUUAUGCGGGCAAAGUCAAAUUAUUCUAAUUUAAUGUGCCAAAGUAAAUAUAUUUCUGUGCUAAACAAGAAAAGAAUUCAAUGUACCUUUGCAUUUUCCUAUUGUAAAACUAGACAGGGUAAUUUAGGAUCUUUAAAGAGUAUAUCUUCUUCUGUUGAAUAUGAGCAAGUAUCAGAAGAAACAUUACAAAGUCUUGGUGAUCGAUUUGAAGAAAUAUUAGAGGAUUCUGACCUUAUUGAUUGGGAUGUAACUUACAGUAAUGAUGUUUUAACAAUAUCUUUGAACAAUCAUGGUGUUUAUGUGAUCAAUAAACAAAGUCCAAACAAGCAAAUAUGGUUGUCUUCUCCAUUUAGUGGGCCAAAGAGGUAUGAUUUCAAAGAUGGCGUAUGGAUUUACAAACAUGAAGGCAUAUCUUUACAUCAGCUCUUAAGUGAUGAAAUAAGUCAAGUUUUACAUAAAGACGUUAAUUUUACAACAUGUUCAUAUGCUGACAAAAAAGAAUGAAAUAUAAACAUAUGUAAAUUGAAAAGAUAUAUAUAUAGUUUUUAUUUUACUGUAA